AUGCUUCCUACUCUCGCCCUCGGCAACUGUAUGCCUGGCGCUUUCCGUCUGCCAUGCUCCUUCUACCGCGGCGGCACCUCAAAAGGUCUCCUAUGGUCCACUUCUACCCUCUCUCCCUACCCUCCUGCUGCGCGAGAUAAGCUGAUAUGUAGAGCAAUGGGCUCGCCCGAUCCGGACAAGCGGCAGAUUGACGGUCUUGGCGGUGGAAUCUCUUCCGUUUCCAAAACGGCUAUUGUUGGUCCACCGAACUCCGCCCUUGCUUCACAGCUGGCAGCCAAGGGAAUAAGUUUCAAAGAUGGAAUCGACUUUGCAGAUGACCAACGCUUAGCGGCGGACAAAGAGAAAGGGUGGGAUUUGGUCUAUAGAUUUGGUCAAGUGCCCGUGCAAAAGGGGACGCAAAUCGACUGGACAAGUACAUGUGGCAACCUCGUUUCUGCGGUUGCGCUCUUUGGCUUGCAUCAGGGACAUGUGCCACAGAGUAGGAUUGGCGCAGUGUUUGAGCAGAAGCAGGCAAGGCCGGCAAAGGUCGGUGAUAAGUUCUCUUUCCCCGUGAGGCUGAUGGUGACGAGUUCAGGUCAAAUCAUUCGAGCCAACGUCCCAGUAACUCUCCACUCCAAUUCACAAGGGUCUAUAUGGUAUCCGGACUUGCAAGGCUCAACCACUAUCUCUGGAGUACCAGGAACCGCACCCGGUAUCCUAAUCGAAACUCCACUCGACACUUGCUCUCUCCUCCCCACGGGCAACCAGCUGGACACCCUACACCUCAACGGCACCUCUUUCCCAGUAACGAUCAUCAACGCAGGUCUACCAACGAUCUUCAUCUCCUCCUCCUCUAUCCCCAACACCGUCCUGGAUCCCGUCCAGCUUGCCGCCUUAUCGCCAUCGGACCUCGACGCGAACCGACCCCUAAUGACUCUCCUCGAAGACCUCCGGCAAGCAUCAGCGACCCUGUCGCCCUUCUUAGGCAAAACCAUGAGUCCCUCCGCACCUAAAAUCUGCAUCGUCCACCCGAAACCCAAAGAAGGAUAUACAACAACAGGUGGGGAUAGGGUGGAAGAGGGAGAGAUGCAUCUAUUGAUUAGAGCGGUGAGUGUGGGCAAUUUACAUCGCACUGUUCCUGCCACUUGUUUGAGUGCCUUAGCCGUGGGUAGAGCUUUGAGGGAGAGUACGAUUGAGAAAGCUGUACAAGCAGGAGCAAGCGGAGCAAGCGGAGCAAGCGGAGUGCGAGGCAAGAAAGGCGAGGCGGAGCAAGGGGAAGGGAUAUUGUCCAUUACAGUGGGUCAACCAGCAGGAGUCUCGGAAGCAAGUGUCAAAACUCGAGCGGCCACACAACAAGACAAGUCGAAAGGGUUGCAAGUGGUACCGGAGUCGAUUGUGUAUUAUAGGACAGCUAGACGGAUUAUGGAUGGUUGCGUUGACCUUGCUCAUUCUCUUGUUUCUUCAUGA